AUGACUGAGGACGGGCAGCGUAUCAGUGUGGACAUCAACCUCCGCCUGAUAAGCCCUCUUCCGGGCCAGUCGGGCGCUAGGUCACCGCCGCACCACCAACAUCAGCUGGCGCUGGUGCCCAUUCAAGACACACAUCCGCCUGGUGAUCACCGUGGUUACGGGGUCCCCGAACAGAUGCAGGACAAGAACAUGCAAUAUGACUACGGCUACCAGGAUGUAAAACAGGCUUUGGUACCAUACCAUGGAGAGCCAAGAUUAACGCAAGAGGAACUAGAACUUGCCGACCCAUCUGGAUACUCCAAGAGAUUCAACUUUUAUAAAGAUGACGAGAUCUCAAACACUGAGCUGAAGUCCCUGGAGGAAGGUUACGCCGCACUAUAUCACAAAAUAAAGACAAAAGACCCAAGCGAGCACCCCUGGUAUAAAGUCUACAACAUUAACGACUACAAGAAGAUGCAGCGGGAGGUGCGACUGAAUAGAGGGACCCUGGGCCCGGACCUUGAUACUGAGUCUUACAAAGAUAAGAUGGAGAAACGGCACAAACAAUUUGAGUAUGCUCGCAUGGUAAUGGAGAAGAAUCGCCAGGAGUUGGGCGUGAAAAAACCUCCAAAGUUUCCUAAGCAGCCUGAAAAACAGGGAGAGGAGGGCGUCAAGAGGAAAACGGCACUAGAGUAUGCAAAGAAUGUGCCCAAACCUCAGACCAAGCCGAGACCGAGCCAGUAGAACUCCUACGAGGUGGCAGCCCAGUUGACCCCUGGAAGUCCCGGCAGAAAGGGAAUGAACUUGUCCAAGAACGCUACCCCCCAGGGGUCGACGCAAACCAUGGAUGUGAUUGACAUUCACACCCUGGAGCAACGCCACCUUCAGGAAAGACGGACGGCGGAUAAAAUACGUCAGAACAUGGAUAGUGUGCUCACGCAAAAGGCCCAUUAAAGCCAUUAGAAAAAUAAUUGUGUCUUGCUCUUUGAAAAUGGAGCAUAAUUCAUUUGCGUAAAGUGCCCUCCCAGAUUAGCACAUGUAGUCUGCAUAGGCAAUCAGGGACAGCACUUUCUGUUCUAAUUUGAUUUAGGGACAGCACUUUCUGUUCUAAUUUGAUUUAGGGACAGCACUUUCUGUUCUAAUUUGAUUUAGGGACAGCACUUUCUGUUCUAAUUUGAUUUAAGGACAGCACUUUCUGUUCUAAUUUGAUUUAGGGACAGCACUUUCUGUUCUUAUUUGAUUUAGGGACAGCACUUUCUGUUCUAACUUGAUUUAGGGAUAGCACUUUCUGUUCUAAUUUGAUUUAGGGACAGCACUUUCUGUUCUAAUUUGAUUUAGGGACAGCACUUUCUGUUCUUAUUUGAUUUAGGGACAGCACUUUCUGUUCUAAUUUGAUUUAGGGACAGCACUUUCUGUUCUUAUUUGAUUUAGGGACAGCACUUUCUGUUCUUAUUUGAUUUAGGGACAGCACUUUCUGUUCUAAUUUGAUUUAGGGACAGCACUUUCUGUUCUAAUUUGAUUUAAGGACAGCACUUUCUGUUCUAAUUUGAUUAAUGGUUAGAAGAGACCUCCUUUAAAAUUCCAUGAGAAGAGAAAGUGUCGUCCCUAAUUAGCCUGUGCAGACUGAAUAGGCUAAUCUUGGAUGAUACUUUUACGCACAUGCAUCAAGUCCAGGUUUCCUGAAACGAGGCUCAAUUUGAAGUGUCUUUAGACAAAAUUUAUCUUUAUUUUCAAAUCUGUUUAUUUCAUGUAUUGUAUUUACCAAGAACAUACUUAUAUCAAAAUAUGCAGAUCUGUAAAUAUUGUGGUAAAAUACAAUGCAUAACAUUCGCACUUAAAGUCUUAAGUGAAAAUAUUGUAUCAUUAUUUUAGACUUUUCAGAUAUGUUGUAAAAUACAUGCCCUAGGACUGUAUUGAUGGAAUAUUGUAUAAACAAAUGUAACUAAUGAUGUAUUGACAGAAAUAGAGAAAUACAUUUUCUUUGUUAAGACAACUACCUGUUGAUUUUUCACAGAGCAUAAACCUAAACCACAAGAAUUAAAUAAAAAAAUCUUGCUGAAGACUUUCAUAUAUUUUUAAAAUUUAAUUUAACUUUUCCUUAUUAACUUUGAGAAUAGAGACACUGAUGUCCAUGUUUUCACAGUGAUAUUUGUAUAGUUGUGCAUCACACAUUAAAUAAAUAGUUGUAAGGAAUGUGUAUAUAUUUGAUAUUAUUUUAUACUGUGCAUGUAUGAUGUAAAAAGAAACAUCAAUGUAUGGUGAAAAACUUUGUAAAUACAUAAAGGUGUUAAGAAAUAGAAGUGUUUUUUGUAUAGAUUCAUGUGCAAGUAGACUGUGAUAUUUUCAGAUUGGAAUCGGUUUUUUGUAUUUAUAAUAUUUACAUUUUAUGUCGCUGAAAGUCUGGUGAUGAACAUAAAUAUUAUGCUUAGCAUGUAAAUAUGGCUGCUCAAAUUCGAUAUUUAUCUUCUCUUUUUUUAUCACUGACAGAUUUUCAUGUUUAUAUUAUAUUUCUUACAAUGUGCUGUUGGAAGUUUUAAGUUUAUCAUUUUUUUGUAAGUUUUUGUUAAGAUUGGAUAGAUUAUUUAUUAAGUAUAUGCCUAUUUUAUUGAAAUGUUUGUUUAAGAAAGUUCAUGCUAUUUGACUGCACAUAUAUUAAUUGUUGUAUUUAAUUGUUAUUCUAGCAUACAUUUUAGUUUCAUUUUUAUUCCAAACAUUUUUUUUGUAAAAACAUUUUCAUUUUUUUAAACAUUUUGUUUAACGCUGAAACAGCAAAAAAAACAUAGUCAUUUAAACUAUUUAUUGGUAUUUAGACCCAUUCAUGUAAUUGUUAUGUGUGCUUAAAUAAGAAAAUAAUUAUACCCGUUUACGGAUCCUUUUAAUUACUUUUAUUUUGCCGCAUUCUUAAUUGUAAACUAACUUUUUCUUCAGCAAAUUACCGUGCCAGUCACUUGUUUUCAUAGUGUAUUACCUAAUUACUAACCAAGAAAAAUUAAGUGACACAUUGGUGCAAAUUAGUUAUUUUUAUAUUAUAUGAGAUCUUAACCUAAUUAAAAACGAUACAUUAGACAACAAUACAUCAAAGGUUAUUUUCUAAAUAUAAACAAAAUAUAUUAUGUACAUAAUUGAUCAUAUAGUUCUUUUUUUAUGAAUUGCUAAGGAGUUAAUAUUCAUGUAAUUGUCUUGUUUAAUUUGCUAUUCACUCUUAAAAUCAUUUGUUCAUUUACUUCCUGUAUUAUUGCAUGUUUUUCUAAAACUUCUCUAUUUCUAUCCCAUUAUUUGUAUCCUUCGCUGUCAUUUUGCAGUUUAUUUGUCAUUAGAGGAUUUCAUAUACAAAUUCUUUAGUUUUAAUAUAUUCUACAUAUCCGCUAUUUUUCCAAACUGUCCUUUUACAAUAAUAAACAUGUGUAGAUGCUACAAAGGUCAACAAAGCUAUGGAAGCCAAAAUGUUCAGUAUUGUUUACAAAUCAAAGUCAAUCUUUAUUUUAGUUAUUUAUUAAACAUGCUUACUGGUAACAUAGAGUCUUAGAACAUAAAACAUAGAGCCAUUGGUCCUCUACAAGGUCACAUGGUUGUUGUUUUUAUCUAAAUCAGGCCUUUUAGCUAUCUUUAUAGAUCACAUGUUAUGGAAACUCAUCGGACUAAGUUUUUGUUUUUAGUUUUGUUUUUGUUACAAUAUCUUUAAACCUCUAUGUGAACUGUUUAAAGAAUUAAAACCAUAUGUUUUUUCUAUGAAAUACAUAACACAUUUAAUAGCGAAUUAGAGCAUAUGUAAUUAAUUAUAUUGUGUGUAAAUGACCUUAAAUCAAGAGUUUAAAUUAAGUAAAUUUUUAUUUAAAAAACGUCCACUAUUUGUAAUAUAUUCAUUUAUUUUGUGUGUGUAGAUCAUUAAUUUAUUAAAACAGGUUUGGCAUGAAUUGUUAUCAAUUAAGAUUAUACACUAUUCGUAACACAUUCAUUUAUUUUGUGUGUGUAGAUUAUUAAAUUUAUUAAAACAGGUAUGGCAUGAAUUGUUAUCAAUUACGAUUAUAAAACUGUUCAUCACGUUUAGGAAGUGAUACAUGCUUACGCUGACUUGUUGUUUUUCAUGCAUGUAGUAUCCCAUUUGUUGUCUGAUUGUGUUGGGCAAUCCGUAAAAUAUGAAAUGCGUGUUUAAUUCAUAUGUAAACUCAUUCGAAAACAUGCUUUGUGAUAUAAAACAAACACAUAUCACCAG